AUGACGCCGAACACCAAGGUUCUGGACAAUGACAAGGUACUUUGCAGAAAAAGAAACAAAAUGUGAUUGAAAUUUCUAUUUCCAGGUCAUCCGCCUUUACAGAAUUCUUCACCGUCCUGUCGAGAUCCACAACAAGAUGGCGAAUGGUAGGGAGCCAGAGAUCUCGUGCUACCCGACACUGAGUACGACGCUUUUCGCGCUCAUUAGUUUCUACCUGGAUUACUUUCGGUGGGUCUAAAAACAAACGUUCUUUCCAAUGAAAUCUACAAUUUUAGGGACCAGGGCAUCCCGAUCAGAGAAGCUCGCCUCGUCGGUGGCGCCGCGUCGCACGUCCUCUGCUUGGAGCAGAGGUUUACGGACUUCGACGUACUAUUCGUCGUUGACCCGGAGAAGCAGUGCGGGAAUCUGCGACAGCUAUUCAGCAGGCCGCUUACCGCUGCGGAGAUAUUUCUGAAGAAGUUGCUGUGGUCGGAUGGAGAAGGUAGAUGGCCGAUGAAUCGAAGGAUUAUGGAGAGUACCUAUAUCUCUAAAAAGUUUCUUGUAAGUGAAAUGUUGAACAGAAGUGUAAAAGAAACAUUGACAUUCAGCACCUCUUCCCGGGCUCGCCGGAUGAAUGGUCACUGCUGACGUUCCAUAACAUGUAUGGUUGCAACGUGGAGCUCAAAUUUGUGCGGAACAUGGCUCGAGAAUUCGAAUUUGCCACCGACUCCCUCCAAAUCGAUCUGGCGCCGAUGUUGAAAGAGUUUCUGAACGGCAGAGAGCAAGUGAUCGUCAAAUCACUUUUUGCAAGUGUAGACUUGGUAAACUAUAUCGACCUCGAAUUUGAACUGUUAUAGAAACUUUUUAGGUAGAAGCACACAUCUCUCAGCAGCGAAUCGACACCUUGAAGCCAUCCGAAAUCAGAGGAGGAGGAUUCUUGAAGUUUUGCCUUCUCAAGAUCAAGGGAUUUAAGGAGUACAGGAGAGGAAGAGAACUUCAUGUGAUGAAAAGGUUAGUUAAUUUCGUCAGAUUAAAAGUUGGAAUAAUGUGUUUUACAGAGAAAUGGUCGAGACGUUCCUCCGAGACUUUGAUGGGAAGUUAUCGGUAAUAUCGGCUCGACACCCUGUUAUCAUGUACAUGAAGGUUCAUCUUCCCAGGGAGAGCGAAGAAAUGAAGAUGAAGUUCAUCAACCAGGUCCAGUUGGUAGUCAAAGAGACGUACGAAAGCCAUGAAAGCCAAGCUGCAGACAAUGUACUUAUCAACAUGAUGGAUUUGGCGGCCGACUCGGUAGGAGAUAAUUUCACUGGAGUACGGAGUUGAUGAGAAGUUUCAGGUGAUGCUCGACAAACUUCUCCGAUGA